AUAUAUUCUUGAAGUCUAUUCCGGAGUCCGAAUGACAUUAUAUGAGUACAUCCGGGAGGAGCUGUUGGGUAAGAACCCGGACGGAACGAUACCCGUGUGGAAGGCUAUAGUGGGCGGUAUGGCUGCCGGUAUGACCGCCCAAUUCCUGGCCAGUCCUGCAGAUCUGGUCAAGGUGCAGAUCCAAAUGGAGGGCAAACGACGGCUGCAGGGAAUGGAGCCUCGCGUCCACAACGCCCGACACGCGUUCGCUAAGAUUGUCAAAGAGGGUGGCGUUCGCGGACUGUGGAAGGGGUGGGCGCCCAACGUGCAGAGGGCGGCGUUUGUCAAUCUGGGAGACCUCACCACUUAUGACACGGCAAAGCACAUGAUCCUCAAACACACCAACUUAAAGGACAACUACUUCACGCACGCCCUCUCCAGUGUGUUUUCGGGUUUUAUCGCCGCUAUUUUGGGAACACCGGCCGAUGUGGUCAAGACUCGGGUCAUGAAUCAGCCGACGGACGCCAAUGGCAGAGGAGUUCUGUAUAAGUCAUCCGUCGAUUGUCUCCUUCAGGCCAUCAGAGGAGAGGGCUUUUUCUCGCUCUACAAGGGAUUCAUUCCCUGUUGGAUCAGGAUGGGCCCCUGGAGUCUAGUGUUUUGGAUUACGUACGAAGAGAUGCGAAAGUUUUCUGGCGUCACCUCAUUCUAGGGCCAGAGAGGGUUGCCUUUCCGUACCACACCCUAUGUCUCGUCGAUAGCCAUUAUAAUGACAUCUCAUUGGAUGAUAGGAUUUGUGAUAAUUGUUUACUCGACUCUCGAAGAGUACUCCUAUUCUGUGACCACUUUUAGAGUCUAAUUAUUACACGUUUUGUGAAUUUAAUGAUUAAAUUGUGAAUUGUUUUGAAAAAGCAAAACAUAGUUUAAUCGUGUUUUUGUGCAAACAAUCAUUCAAUAGAGACUUAAUGUUUAGCAAACACUCAACAUUUUGGGC